AUGGCUGACGUCUACGAUGAGGUGCCAACACGUCGUAAAGGACGUCCACCCUUCAAAUACGGCAAGAAAGCUCAUGUGCGGCUCUUUAAGAACAAGGCAGUCGACUAUCACCACCGUAUGAGUGCCAUUCAGCGCGUCGCCGAGGUUGGGAUGUCGGCCUUCCUGGAUGGCUACUGCCCUAACGCAACUCGCGGAAAUCAGGCGCCAGCUCCGGAACAGCAAGGCCACCAACCUGUGAUUUUGAAUGGGUUUCGCAAGUGCCAGCUCAUCGAAGGCGCUGGCGUUGAGGUCGUUCUGCCGGGGGACAGUCUGGACGUCAGUGACAUUGCUGAUUUGAUGGCUGACUCUGCCGUCCAAGAGACCAUUGAUCCAGCUAAGGAUAUUGACGCCAUCGAUGCUAUCAGCUCAGCUGAAAUUGUUUUGUUGUAG